UGUUGGAGACUCGCUCAUUUCUAAAUUGAACCCGCUCAUGGCUUCCUCAGAACCGUCUGGCUCUGCUACGGCCAACCAGAAUGCUAAAGCUUCUGCGGGAUUUGUAGCGAACGCAAAGAAGCACAAACACAGCUACAUUCAGUUCUUGGCAGUGACUGGAAUUUUGCUUUUAAGCAUCAGAUCUUUAGGUCAAAAGUACCGCAUCAACGACCUUGAGGAUGACACCGAAGCUCUGAAACGAGAACGGGAAUCUCUAACCGACCGCAUGCGGCACAUCAAGCAAAGUCUCCUCCAAGAGGCCUCUGUCGAGCCCACAGGUCUCUUCGCUUCUCGACUCCGCCAGCUCUUCGGCAAAGAUGAUUGAAUAGUGAUGGAUAAAUCCUUCCAUUUUCACAGUGAGUAACUCCUCUUUGCUGCGUUUUUCUCAUUUUUGUUAGAGCUGCACUUGGGGUUUUUGAGCCAAUAAAAUGUGUAGAAUGUGUGCUGACUCUCUGAAAUGCUCUAUGCCUUAUUGUUGACUAUUUGUAAUUUUGUUGAAGAAAUUGAACCGAGAUGAAUGGAUUGGAAGUUUUUUUAAAGGGUUUUCCACUUCUUGUUUUGCAACUAGUUAUAAUAGUUAAUUAUUUAGGGUCUAUCUUCAUUCUUCUUCAGUACUGUUUUUGCAUUUAUGUCCAUGGGAUUUUGUAUCUUCAGUCAGGAGUCUGCUGAGUUGGAUAUUGGAUUUAGGUGAGCAUGAGGUUUGAGCAAGUCCCUUCUGUUCUCUUCUUGGUUGAAGAUGUUGGAUUUUAGGGUUUUAUUAAGUUUGCUUUUGAUUGCCAUAUUGAUUGUAUUGCAAGUGUUUUCAUUUUAUUAAUGCUUGGAGAUAUUCUGUAGUAUUGGCUUCAGUUAUGUGUACAAGUCUGAUAGUAAUUACUCUGAUGGUGCUAAUGAAUUGGUGUCCUAGUGGUUUUGGUAUUGCUCAUAUGAAAGAUCUAAACGGGAUUUAAACCGGUGUGUACUUAAAUUCCUAGUUGUGCUGAGCUUGUGUUAUUAGAAUUCACUUUGUUGGAGAUGAGAUUAUGACAUGACGGUAGAAGGUUGGAAAAUGUAGAUGUUGGCAAAGGUUGCAUUGUUCAGUUAUUUAGCCGGUGCAGGGUUUUGAGUUUUGAGUUUUGAGUGAAGAGCUGUAGCCGACUGAUGGGUGUUUAUGGCUUGCCAAUGAGGAUUCCGUCACCUAUCAUGCCAUUGGGGCUUUUUUUGGGGAGCAGCUGUAAGCUUGAUGGCACCGAUGGUUUUGUGAGAAGUAAUCGAAGAACAUAAUGUUGGCUUUCACCAGGAUUUGUUGAUCAGAACCUAAAUGUUCGGUCAAGCUAUUGAUUGAUGUGUUGGAUGGUAAUAUACAAAAAGCCAUUAACGCAUUCUUCUUAAACAAAGUGGAUCAGAAGUUUACCAACAUUACUGAUACUACUCGUUUAUGUAGUCGCUGAGAUCAAGUUUUUUGCUCUUAUCCAAAGUCUGCUAAACCUUGUCGUGCUCUACUUCCUUUGCUCUGAACUUCUCCCCGUUGACCUUGCAAAUCUGCUUGAAAGAUAACUAGGUUUCCCAGAUUGUUAGGCUGUGUAAUCUUGUGCUCUUUUCACUUCAGCCUUUGUAGUUAAGGUAGGAAACACUUUUGCAUGGCCCACCAUUUCUGGUAUGGUGCUAAUGCACAGUUAUCGUAGUGUCUUUGCUAUGGAGAUUCAAACCAUGGUUUCUAAUCAGCAAUGAGGAAGAUCUUACCCUUGGCCUUGAAAGGCAAUUCCAUUAAACGAUUCAAAGUCUCUCGUGAGAACAUUAGUCAAGAUGUCAACAUAUUUGGACAGGCACCAAAUGGAUUUUGUUUUCAAAGAUUAUGGGGAGAAGGGUUCUAAGUUUUCUGGGAGCUUGCUUUCCACAGGGAAAGAGGACGUCCUGGCAUGAAUGUUAUACAACAUGUGUAAACCAUCUACUGUCCUCGUAUGUGUGGCUUGAGCCCACUAAUUGCGGUUAAUGGUCACAUAUAAUGUAUGUAUCAUUAGGGAUGUUGACUUCUUUGGGCUCCUGCCUUAUCGGUGAAUGUGGCUCCCCAUUUUCAUGAGAUUGUAUUUAUAUGUUUUGAGAAGCGAAUAUUAAUCAUGGACAAGUGCCUACUGAA